AGCACAGAGGCUAGUCAGCCGCACCAGCGAAGAAGAAGACGACACUGAGCGGUGUUGACAAACCCAGCUAGCUUGUGCUAGUUCGGUGAUAUGGUGUUUUAUUGACAUUUUACUGAAGCAUCGUUCAUCAUGAGUUCUCCGGAGGGCAGACACGGAACUAAACGACCCGCUUCUCCGAGUGAAGAUGGAUCUACCCAGUGGUCAGCAGCGGAUCUGGGAAGCAAUGAGAGGAAACAGAAGUUCCUACGGUUGAUGGGCGCGGGCAAGAAAGAACACACAGGACGCCUCAUCAUUGGUGACCACAAGUCUACUUCCCUGUUCCGAAGUGGGCAGGAAGAUAGGCAGAUGAACGAGCAGCUGGAGAUGCAGUACCAGCAGGGCAUGGAUGGGAAGCUGUCCGGCCGGAACCGGAGACACUGCGGCCUGGGUUUCAGUGAGCCUGAGCCAGAGCCAGAUUCGCUCCCUGCUCCACCAGUGGACACUCAGACAGAAGAACCUGAGCCAGUGAAGUCCACCAGUGAAAAAGAGCCCACAGACGCCAAGGACAAAGACUGCAGUCCCGUCAGUAAGGAACAGACCUCAGACCCGGCUGAGAGCGACUCUGACAGCUCGAGCGAGGAACCGAAACACGGCUUCAAAAUGACCUUUGUGAAGUCGGCAUAGGGCCAACGGGAAUUACUUUUUGUAAUCUCCGAUUUGUACAUUUUGACAUUAUUUGUUAAACUGUUGUCCAUCACCCAUCAUUGUAAUUCUUUGACUAUGUGGAAAUGAGUUCUCUACAUAAGCACUCAUCUCAUCGUGGUUCGAUGUUGGCAUAAAAUUCAGUCUUCAGGUUAAUUUGUGUUAGAUCAUGAUUAGAUGCCGAGUGGUCCAGUUGUUAUUUUGUUUAAACAUCAAUAAAGGGAAGUGUCGCUCAGCUGUACUUUCUGUGGAUGCUCUCAGUUCGACCAGUAUCAUGAAGGUUCUGCUGGGGAAAUCCUAAACUGAGCAGAAAUCCUAAUGAAUGAAAUUAUGUAAAAUUUAAAAUCAUCAGAAGGCCUCUGCAGAUUUCCUCUCUACUGAGGUUGUUCAUUUUAUUUUGACAUGUAUGUUGAAACUAUUGACUGAGAGAUGAUAGAAUAUAUUUUACAUUAAACCUGAUAAUGCAGAUAUAUGUAAAUAUUAUGUGUGUAUUAACCAGUGCAGCCAAACGGACAAUAACUUACAAGCCUAAAUUAUUUCACGGUUGUGUACUUCAAACAUAUUUCAUGAGUUUCUUGAAAAAUUAUGAUCUGUCGGAUUUAGAAUUGUAUUUUUAACGAAAAUACCCUGAGGGCGAGAACAGGUGAAUUUCGCUGUAUGUGCAUUUAGACAAGUGUAUUUUGAGUAACUGGGUUGUAAUAAAUAACCUUCAGGCCUAA